AUGGGUUUGCUUUCGGCUCUUAGCGCUUUCUUUUCGAAAUUUCCAAAUUUCGCCCGCAGGCCAGGCUGGAUUGCUGCGCACGCCGAAUCUCUGCGACUCCAUCGUUUCCCUACCGAAGAUGAAGAUGGCGACGAGGAAAACUUGGGACGUCCGCCCAAAUUAAGGUUCCGUCUAAACUUCAAGAUGAUUUUCCUCUUUGUAGGAAUGAUCACUGCUACGAUCCUCUUGGUGAAGUUCGUCGAUCCUUCGCACAUCAAAAACCUCGCCCACCCACAAGCAUCAUACUCCUCGUCCGUGAUCCCAAUGUGGGCAUCAUCAAACACGGAAUCUGAAACCACACCGGUGUUGGGUCAAUCGUCUUUUGACUUUGCAAUGUACUUUCCUGCGGAGGGAAACAACUUCUUCCCCCUUGUCGCGUCGUACAACGAGCCUCCCCGUCACCGACCGAAAACACCGCUCUUUGUCCCUUUUACAAGAAACCAUAACAUGAUGCGACAGACAAUUCUUGGGUACAUUGCGAGUGGGUGGCCAAGAGAAGACAUCAUCAUCAUCGACAACAGCGGCACAGCCGAUGCCAACAACUUGAAGCUUCUUUCGCCAGAUAACCCCUUUUUCCUCGACUACGACUUGUUUCGAUACAGAUAUGGCGUUUCGAUUUUACAAACAUCUGUGCUUCUGAAUUUUGCUCAGAUCCAAAACUUCAUGCUGAGAGUGGCCAUGGCUCGCCACUGGCCAUACUUCUUCUGGAGUCACAUGGAUGUCGGAAUCCUGAGCCACGAAGAAGAGACACCUUACACGUCGUUUUACACGCGCGUCCUCAAUGUCCUCGAUGAAGCGGAGAAGGGCCGAAUCUCAGGCAAAAAGUGGGCAGCCAAGUUUUUCAACUUUGACUACCUCACCUUGAUCAACGUUGAAGCAUGGCGACACGUUGGCCAAUGGGACGUGUUUAUUCCUUACUACGCCACGGACUGCGAUGCCUACGGACGCGUCAAGAUGCUGGGCUAUGCCAUUGACGGGGUUCACGCAGGACACAUAUGGGAUGUUAACAACUUUGUCGACGACCCCGAAGCAAGAUUCUUCCCGCCGGCUGUUGAGCCAAAGUCUGAAAAGGAUAGCGACUCUGCCAACCACACCUCCGAAGACAACGCACCGGGCUCUGCACGAUUCCAGGCUCUUAGGGAGGAGCUCCAGAAAAUCCAAGAUGCUAAGAUGAGCGAUUCAAAGGGCCGUAAUACAUGGCAGAACAUGCAGAAGGGAGGAAAGGGAGAGCCAUGGACGUAUGAUCCCAAGGGUUUCCAAGUUGCUUGGUGGGAAAUGGCCGAGGAUGGGCGGAAGCUCUUCAGACACAAGUGGGGAGAUGGAGCUUGUGAUUUGUUCGAACAGAAAAAGACAAUUGAAGACAUGUGGAAAGAUGUCAAGGAAGAAUAG